AUGGGGGAGUGGACCAUUCUGGAGCGGCUGCUCGAGGCUGCUGUCCAGCAACAUUCUACCAUGAUUGGGAGGUAAGACUGUCCUCCUGCCACUCAUCACCAGUGUGUGUGUAAAAGUUUUUUUGUGUGUGUUUUUUGUGUGUUUUUGUGAUGGGAAAUGCUUGUGUGUGUUUUUGUGAUUGAAAGUGUAUGUGUGUGUGUGUGUGUGUGUGUGUGUGUGUGUGUGUGUGUGUGUGUGUGUGUGCGUGCGUGCGUGCGUGCUGGUGUUUUGGCAGAUAGCCUAAAUGACCAAAAUGUACAUGUAAAUGUAUGUGUGUGUUUGAGUGUUAACUGGGUUGGUGGUAUCCCUGAGGACUGCCCUUCUCUCUCAGGCUGGUCCCAGCAGUAGCCUCUACUUUCUGCCCCCUCCCCUCCCCACCCCUUCUGUGCCCAUCAUUAGUUAAGGGAUAAGCUAAUUGCACAUAAUCAAUAGCUGGUAUUACUGGGCAUUAGGGCUAAUUCAGCCGAGCUCCUGUGUUGAUUUCACCUAUUGGUCCUGGUAUUGAUGGAGGGGCAAUGGGAGUCUCUAGUAGCAAGGGAGAGGAGGAGGGAGGAGAGCGAGACAUACCGAGAAAAUAGAUAAAGAGGACAGAAAUGAAGGUGUGGAUGAGAGAGGAGCAAGAUGAGAUGACGGAGGAAAUUAUUCUGAACUUGGCAGAGGAGAGAUUGCUUCUUGUGGUUUUGUGUGUUCUGUAGUUACUGGAGUGUAGUGGCAGAAGGUUAUGCAUGAGCAGAUUGGAGUCUUAUUAGCAGUGGAGAUGUACUGGGGACAAACAUACUGUGAUGGCAGAUUUUUUUCUCUGGCAUGUGAAAAAUAUGCUUCAUCGUCUCUCGCCUGUGUGAUUAGUCAAAUUCAAAGUGUGAUUUUCCACCCAUUAACCACAAUGUGACUUACUCACAUUGGUAAACUGCACUCGUCCCCUGUAUGGAAUAAUCACACACAACAUUGCCAUUUCCAUAUGCUUGCUUACCCAGUGAAGCACACAGCUGUAGGAUUUCAAGAUUGCAGUACAGUGCAGUAGAGAGGAAGUCUACAGUGUAGUCUCUCUCUGUCCUUCUGUGUUGAGCUAGGGAGCUUGGCUACCUGUGUUAGCAUGGAGGCCAGCUGCACUGCUGUGCUCAUUAACCUCAACCACAGGUAGUCCCCAGCAAGGGCAAAGCCUGACCUUCUCUCCCAUGCAAACACAGUAUAAUCACUGUGUGUCUGUGUUUGUGUCUGUUUUUGUGCUUUUUUCUGUUUUUUUGUGUGUGUUUGUCUGUGUCUGUGUUUAUCUGUGUAUGUGUUUGUCUGUGUAUGUGUGUGUGUGUGUGUGUGUGUGUAUACAUACAUGUUUAUCAGAGUAUGUGGCUAGAAGGCUUUAUACAGUAGGCUAUAUAGAGACUGAGGGCGACAUUUUCGUAGUGCAAAAGCACUGGGCAAAGUGCAAACAUUACCAUAAACCUAAUUAUAAUCUAGCAGUGCUAUUUCAUUUUAAACUUUUCUUCAACAAUGUGCGUUGUGAAGAAGCAACUAUUUAUGUAUUGCUUAGUUUACUAAACUCAAGUUAAAUAAUUGACUAAAUAAUCAAAUCGGAGGCGAUUAUUUCACUUGAGUUUAGUAAACUGAGCAAUACAUAAAGUCGCCUCUUCAUAACACACAUUGUUUAAGAAAAGUUUCAAAUUAAGUCACUUUGCUAGAUUAUAAUGAGGUUUAUGGUAAUGUUUGCACUUUGCACAGUGCUUUUGCACUAUGCAAUGUCACAACAAUGUUCAUGGUGUUAAAUGUUGGUUGUAGUGUAGUAUCACUAUAGUAUUAUUAUUUCAUAUUACUCAACAUGGUGGAUAUGAAAAGGAAAAGGAAUAAUUAUAACCACAAAUGGUGCUAAGUAGCAUAAAAAAUCAAAGUUCAGGCACUCAUGUGGGUUUGCAAGUUAAAAAGCCUUUAAUGUGUGGGCAAAGUCAUAAUUUAAAUACACCAAUACGUAUCGGCUAGCGCCUUCAUCAGGCUGUCCCAAUGGUGGAUAUGAUUUGGGGUCAUGCUAAAGUAGAUCAAAGUUCUGAAAGAUACUUAUAAAGUAGACCACACAAACAACCAAACCGUAUAUGUGAGAGUGUAUAAAUACUGUAUCUCCUCAUGUCUCUAAGUGCCAUACGAUAAUGAACAGGAUAAGGGAUCUGCAUUUUCCUCACAUCUCCUUUGAGUUUAGAUCAAGCCCCUGUCUGGCAGCUAGAAUCAAUGAUAGUCUGUCGGGUGCAAAAGAGGAAGAAAUUAAUCAGAGAAUGAAAAAAUGCCUACAAUCAUUCAGAAGCAGAGACAACUCUCUCAAUUUGUCUGCGGUGUCUGACAGAGAGCAUUAUUAAUGCUGACAUGAACUUCUGUUCAUGUCUUUUAUCCUUAAUCUGAGCACUGCUGUUGAUCAUGCAUUUACAGGCCUGAUAAGAAAGGCUUUCCCCAAUAUCAAACAUAUUUGAUGACUAAUUCUCCUCAAGCUAAACGUGGGUUGAUCCUUUUCAUCAUUGUCUCCAUCUGUAGUAUCUAUACUGUGUGGCGUAAAAGGCAUUGAGAUGAUUCCACAUUCUAUACCAGACGUGGUCAGAUGACAAAAGUGGUCAUGUGAAUUGUGAAAUGGGUGACAACAGAUAAUGGUCUCCUAUUUGAUGGCUGGGAGUUUGUACAUUUUGACGCUCAGUAGCCUACAUUCCUCUGGUUUCUCCUGCCGCUGGUGAGGACAUGAGGGUGUGUUGUAACUGAUCCCUUGGUGUUUGGGCCAUGUUUAAUCUCUCAGUCCUGUCUGUGUGGGCUCUAGACGUUAGCGGUAACUGAUAUCUCUGUGGUGGCCCUCUAUCAGUCCAUUAUGCCUGUCUGUCUGUGUGAACUUAAAUACUUAAUAGCUACUGCAGCUAUGGGACUAAGUGUUUAGAUACAUACAUGGUGUGUGUAUUCAGGGUGAUUAUUUCAGCUACUGUAAUGUGUUGGUGGAGGCCUGGCUGUGAAAUUGUUUCAUGUGGUCAGACUGCUAUUUCAGAGAUGUGGCUCUUGUAGACUCAUUAUACAUCAGACUCAGGUCACUUGUGUUAUGUGGAAAGCAAUUUUGCACAUUCAGUACUGUAUGUAAAUUUAGCAGUAGUCUGAUUAGAAUACGUGUACAUGUACACUACCGGUCAAAAGUUUUAGAACACCUACUCAUUCAAGGGUUUUUCUUUAUUUUUACUAUUUUCUACAUUGUAGAAUAAUAGUGAAGACAUCGAAACUAUGAAAUAACACAUAUGGAAUCAUUUAGUAUCCAAAAAAGUGUUAAACAAAUCAAAAUAUAUUUUAUAUUUGAGAUUCUUCAAAUAGCCACCCUUUGCCUUGAUGACAGCUUUGCACACUCUUGGCAUUCUCUCAACCAGCUUCACCUGGAAUGCUUUUCCAACAGUCUGGAAGGAGUUCCCACAUAUGCUGAGCACUUGUUGGCUGCUUUUCUUUCACUCUGCGGUCCGACUCAUCCCAAACCAUCUCAAUUUGGUUGAGGUCGGGGGAUUGUGGAGGCCAGGUCAUCUGAUGCAGCACUCCAUCAACCUCCUUCUUGGUAAAAUAGCCCUUACACAGCCUGGAGGUGUGUUGGGUCAUUGUCCUGUUGAAAAACAAAUGAUAAUCCCUCUAAGCCCAAACCAGAUGGGAUGGUGUAUCACUGCAGAAUGCUGUGGUAGCCAUGCUGGUUAAGUGUGCCUUGAAUUCUAAAUAAAUCACAGACAGUGUCACCAGCAAAGCACCCCCACACCAUAACACCUCCUCCUCCAUGCUUUACGGUGGGAAAUACACAUGCGGAGAUCAUCCGUUCACCCACACCGCGUCUCACAAAGACAUGGUGGUUGGAACCAAAAAUCUCACAUUUGGACUCAUCAGACCAAAGGACAGAUUUCCACCGGUCUAAUGUCCAUUGCUCGUGUUUCUUGCCCCAAGCAAGUCUCUUCUUCUUAUUGGUGUCCUUUAGUAGUGGUUUCUUUGCAGCAAUUUGACCAUGAAGGCCUGAUUCACACAGUCUCCUAUGAACAGUUGAUGUUGAGAUGUGUCUGUUACUUGAACUCUGUGAAGCAUUUAUUUGGGCUGCAAUUUCUGAGGCUGGUAACUCUAAUGAACGUAUCCUUUGCAGCAGAGGUAACUCUGGGUCUUCCAUUCCUGUGGCGGUCCUCAUGAGAGCCAGUUUCUUCAUAGCGCUUGAUGGUUUUUGCGACUGCACUUGAAGAAACUUUAAAUGUUCUUGAAAUUUUCCGUAUUGACUGACCUUCAUGUCUUAAAGUAAUGAUGGACUGUCGUUUCUCUUUGCUUAUUUGAGCUGUUCUUGCCAUAAUAUGGACUUGGUCUUUUACCAUAUGCUUGUUAAUUGAAAUACAUUCCAGGUGACUACCUCAUGAAGCUGGUUGAGAGAAUGCCAAGAGUGUGCAAAGCUGUCAUCAAGGCAAAGGGUGGCUAUUUGAAGAAUCUCAAAUAUAAAAUAUAGAAAAUAGUAAAAAUAAAGAAAAACCCUUGAAUGAGUAGAUGUUCUAAAACUUUUGACCGGUAGUGUAUAUGUGACAGUUCUGUUAUAAUCCUGCUGACUAGAUUCUCUUCUGACUCCAAAUCAAGUCUCUGUCUCCCUCCUGCAGUCACUGUGGCUUGUACUCUCAUUGUGUGUUUGUCCUAACUGUCCUCUAUAGGCUUUCUACUCACACACUCCCCCCCUUUCUCUCUUCAGUCUGACACAUACACCCACACACACGCCUGUGGUCUCCCUUACAAAGCGUUAAUGUGCUCUUCCAGGAGAGAAAUAAGCCUGGGAGUUCCUGUAUUAAAUCAGGGUUAAACACCUUGCAGGUAAAAGGGAAAGGAAGUGUGUUGAUGCAUCAUUUUCUACACUGCAAUGCUGUAGUGGGGUCAGUGCCGGAGACGAAUGGAGGACUAGUGGAUCAGGGAGAGAUUAAACAAUGGAAACGAGGGAUAGGGCUGCAGAGGCAAGAAGGGGGUUUGGAACAUGAAAUCAUAGAGGAGAGAAGAGGGCAAGUUUCCAUCUGCAGAGGAUCUUAGAUGGGAGCACAGGUUGUUAUCACAAUCAGUGGCAUGGAGAAUCUGUGUCAUUGCUCAUUACGCUGGAGACGCUAACUGACCCUAUUGCAGAGGAGACAGCCAUGCUGGAUUGGAUACACCCACAGGCUACAUUUUAGUCAUUUAGCAGACACUCUUAUCCAGUGAGUGCAUACAUUUUCAUACUGGUCCCUCGCAGGAAUCGAACCCACAACCCUGGCGUUGCAAGCGCCAUGCUCUACCAGCUGAGCUACAUGGGACCUACACACACACACACACGUACACACACACACACGCGCGUGCACGCACAAAAGCAUGUGUUUUUCAGAUGUAUUUUAUUUAAAACAUUUUCAAUAUUUGAUACAUAAUAAGACAGCUGUUACAUAUAUAUAUAGGGUUGUGGGUUUGUUUCCCACAGGGGUCCAGUAUAAAAAUGUAUGCACUCACUAACUGUAAGUCGCUCUGGAUAAGAGCGUCUGCUAAAUGACUAAAAUGUAAAUAUAAAUUAGUUAGCAUUUGCUUAUUUUACAUAGUCCCAUAUUCACAGAGGAGAAUAGUGAUGCCAUUUUGGGAGAGAUGACAUACAAUAUUCACCAACUAGCUCAAACACUAAUUGAAAGGGGGAGAGGGAGAGAUGGAGAGAGAGAGAGGGGAGAGGGGUGGUGGGGAGAGGGAGAGAGAGAGAGAGAGAGAGAGAGAGAAGGAGAGAGAGAGAGAGAGAGAGAGGAGAGAGAGAGAGGAGAGAGAGAGAAGAGAGAGAGAGGAGGAGAGAGAGAGAGAGAGAGAGAGAGAGACAGAGAGAGGACAGAGAGAGACAGAGAGAGACAGAGACAGAGAGGAGGCUGAGAGAGAGAGAGAUACAAAGGGGGGGGGGGGGGGGGGGGGGGGGGGGGGAUUAGAGAGAGUGAGAGAGGAGAGAGAGAGAGGGGGAGAUGAAGAGAUGCUUCUGCAGUGUGAUAGCCAGUGUGUUGUAAUGUAAUUCAGCUCUCUAAUCUCUGUGCUUGGUCAGGUCUUCAUUAUGUGCUGCCAUAAGCAAUUAGCUGUGUCUUAUUAUGGAGACAUGCUCCGUAUGAGAUGAAAUAACAUUUUCACUCUGGGUGUCCAGUAUGUGUGGCUGAAUAUUAUGUGACUGCUCUCUGUUUUUGUGCACUGUCCAUAAUGUAUUUGUGUUACUGCAAGUUCUGGCUGUAUGCACACUUAUUUGUGAGUACUCAUGGGGUGAGCUAGUAUGUGUUUGAGAUGUACAGUGUAUACAUGAGUCUGUGAGCAUCAUCAGUGUGUGUGUGUGUGUGUGCGUGCGUGUGUGUGUAUGUAUGUGAGUGUGUAUGAGCUGGUGUGUGUGUGUUUUCCCUGUGCAUCUGGGGUCAGUGCUCAGGGCCGGUGUAGCCCCUGGAGGCUGACAGCAGCAGCUGCUGUGUGGAUGAGUGUGUGAGAGCCUCUAGAAGAGCCAGGGCCUGGAUGUCCAGCCAACACACCAGCUACUACAGCAGCUACCAUAGACCAUACCUCCAAAACCACGGCGUAUUCACAGCCUGGUUCGCGACGAGGCUGCCAUAGACCUAACACUGGAGCUACUAAGACCAAUUACACAGCCUACAGAUCAGCUAAACUAAAGUAUACUGUAGAAGCAAUACAGCACAGCUGCAGAGAGUUUAGAGGCUACACAUAAUAUGCAUUGCAUAUAAAGCCUUUCAGGCCAUACAGCAUUACCAACACACCAUUGCUAGUAUAAACCAUAAUUCAAUAGACACUGGCUCUACACUCAGUGUACUUGCUGUUUCUAUACCUUUCAGCAUAACUGUAGGAGUUCUAAGAGCCUGCUCCGAUUCAUGACUAUGACAUCAUCCUAGACCAAAGACAGCUAGAGACUCAAGUAUCCACUUCGGCUGCAAUGCUCUUUAGCUGGAUGAGCUAAUUGGGUCUCCAAUCAGAGACCUGGCUGUGGUGGUUUACUGGAGGCUGCAGGGUGGUUCACAUCACAUUACAUACCAGCCAAGAACACCUUCCUCACUGGUACAUUCAUCUGGAUAGGCUGUUUCUAUAGUAACUCACAACUGUGUAUAUGUGCACAUUUGAUGCAAUAUCCUCAUUAAGGGAUGAUUCAUCAUCAGGAUUAUUGGUGAAUUUAACACACACAGUAUGAGCAAAUCUAUAGCAUUUUAUAGACCUUGAAAGUAUUGUUUCGUCACCAUGGGGAGAAUCCUAUGGUUUUCUAGGGCACACUGUAGGGCACUCAGUGUGAGAUUGUGUCACGAUCGUCGGAGGAAGUGGACCAAUGCGCAGCGUGAUAAGUGAACAUACUUUAUUUUUUUCACCACACGAACAAAACAACAAACGAUACGAAACGUGAAGUCCUUGGUUACAAUACAAACCAUACGGAACAAGAUCCCACAACACACUGUGGAAAACAGGCUGCCUAAGUAUGGUUCCCAAUCAGAGACAACAAUCAACAGCUGAUACACGUUGCCUCUGAUUGAGAACCACACCGGCCAACAUAGAAACAAAUGAACUAGAAAAUCACCCUAGCACACAAAACACAUAGAAACAACACACCCUGGCUCAACAUAACAGAGUCCCAGAGCCAGGGCGUGACAGAUUGACUGAUGUAAGACAUGAUCAUGUUCCAGCCUGUCUUACUGUAAGUGAUCUGAGGCUGGAGCUUCGAUGCCGUUGUAAAGAGUUGUGUAGAUGUGAUGCCUGGAUCCCCAUCCUUGAUCUUCUGGACCAGUUCAACCGGUUCAAUCAAUGGCCUCGAGUACAUGACGCCGUUUGCUUGAUUGAAGAGCUUCCAAAAAAGCAGGCGAACUUCUAAUGAUAGUCGAAAAUCUUUUUGAUCAUCUGCAGGGGGCAUCGGAUAUUCAGAUGGUGAGGGCUUAGGGGCCUUCCUGCCUUAAUUUGCUCUAAUGUAUGGGCCCUCUCUCUGCAGGGCUUAACAACACUGAUGUUUCUAGAUGACCUUCUUCCACUGCUUUCUGCUAAUGCAGCAAUCUACUCCAUUCUGAUUAUCCUGUUCUACAGCAGAAUACCACACACACACACACACACACACACACACACACACACACACACACACACACACACACACACACACACACACACACACUCACACACACAGCAAUCCCAAACCAUCUCACACAUACACCCAAACAGCCCAACACCUGAAUAAACCAACAGCUCAGUACUGCAGUAAAACUCACACUGUGUGCCACCUUCACAUCUCUCCAGUCAAACAUCGCAGGCAAAGCAACACUGUGAAUUCUGCAGAGCCUAAUAGAUGAGAGGGAAACUUAAUGACCUGUGCCUUUCCCGGGAAAUACAGAACAUGAAAAUAGUUGCUACUAUUCAAUACAAGAAUACAUAAAACAUGAGGCAUAAUGAACACAUCCGUAAUGUUGAUUAUGGGUUAGUUACAGUCCUAUGCUGUGGACGUGUGAACAGACAGCUUGUGUAGUGUAGCGUAGGUGUGGCGGUGCAGGGCAGGGCCCACCCCUCUGAUGCAGCACACAGCAGGUGUUUGAAUGAUGAUGACAAUCACUCGUUGCGACAGCAGGACCUGGACCAGGCUGCACCAAGGGAACUGCUGCCACACAAACUCACUCAGAGCAUUUCUGUGACGACUUGACAGUGCAGAGACUCUGUCACACGCAGACUCUUUCAUUGUUGAGAUACAUACAGAAGCUUGUCUUGUUCUAUUAUGCAUUCAAUACAUUGACAGGACAAUCAGCUGCUACAGCUGUAUAUAUUCUCACAUUUCAAAGCCCAUAGAGACAGUAGGGAUAAUAAGGUUCUUUGCCAUUAGCUUUUGGAACAGGAUACAAAUUCCAUUUUCAUCUAGCAGUGUCUGUUAAAUGCCUUUCUGAGAAACAUCAAUACCCUCACUCCCAGUCAAACCAUCAAGGAGACAACCACUUACAGUGCAUCUGGAAAGUAUUCAGACCCCUUCACUUUUUCCACAUUUUGUUACGUUACAGCCUUACUCUAAAAUUGAUUAAAUUAUUGGUUCUCUUCAUCAAUCUACACAAAAUACCCCAUAAUGACAAAGCAAAAACAGGUUUUUAGAAUGUUUGCAAAUUUAUAAAAAAUAAAAAACAGAAAUACCUUAUUUACAUAAGUAUUCAUACCCUUUGCUAUGAGACUCGAAAUUGAGCUCAGGUGCAUCCUGUUUCCAAUGAUCAUCCUUUAGAUGAUUCUAAAAGUUGAUUGGAUUCCACCUGUGGUAAAUUCAAUUGAUUGGACAUGAUUUCGAAAGGCAAACACCUGACAGUGCAUGUCAGAGCAAAAACAAAGCCAUGAGGUCGAAGUAAUUGUCCGUAGAACUCCGAGACAGCAUUGUGUCGAGGCACAGAUCUGGGGAAGGGUACCAAUUUUCUUUUGCAGCAUUGAAGGUCCCCACAGUGGCCUCCAUCAUUCUUAAAUGGAAGAAGUUUGGAACCAUCCAGACUCUUCCUAGAGCUGGCCGCCCAGCCAAACUGAGCAAUCAGGGGCGAAGGGCCUUGGUCAGGGAGGUGACCAAGAACCCAAGUGUCACUCUGACAGAGCUCCAGAGGUCCUCUGUGGAGAUGGGAGAACCUUCCAGAAGGACAACCAUCUUUGCAGCACUCCACCAAUCAGGCCUUUAUGGUGGAGUGGCCAGACGGAAGCCAUUCCUCAGUAAAAGGCACAUGACAGCCCGCUUGGAGUUUGCCAAAAGGCACCUAAAGGACUCUCAGAGAAACAAGAUUCUCUGGUCUGAUGAAACCAAGAUUGAACUCUUUGGCCUGAAUGCCAAGCGUCACGUCUGGAGGAAACCUGGCCCCAUCCCUACGGUGUAGCAUUGUGGGGAUGUUUUUCAGAGGCAGGGACUGGGAGACUAGUCAGGAUCAAGGCAAAGAUGAACGGAGCAAAGUAUAGAGAGAUCCUUGAUGAAAACCUGCUCCAGAGCGCUCAGGACCUCAGACUGGGGCAAAGGUUCACCUUCCAACAGGACAACGACCCUAAGCACACAGCAAAGACAACGCAGGAGUCUCUGAAUGUCCUUGAGUGGCCCAGCCAGAGCCCAGACUUGAACCCGAUUGAGCAUCUCUGGAGAGACCUGAAAAUAGCUGUGCAGCGACGCUCCCCAUCCAACUUGACAGAGCUUGAGAGGAUCUGCAGAGAUGAAUGGGAGAAACUCCCCAAAUACAGGUGUGCCAAGCUUGUAGCGUCAUACCCAAGAAGACUCGAGGCUGUAAUAGCUGCCAAAGGUGCUUUAACAAAGUACUGAGUAAAGGGUCUGAAUACUGUGUCUGUGUGGCUGUGUGUCUGUGUGGCUGUGUGUCUGUGUGGCUGUGUGGCUGUGUGGCUGUGUGUCUGCGCGUGUAAUUGUGUGUUUGCUUGUGUGAUUCCCUGCAUACAUGUGUGUUCUAUAAGAGUGGGAGUGUGUGACAGUGUGCACGUACACGGCAUGCAUUGAACCUCUGAAACACCAAAGGUGUAGAGAUCUCCUCUGUUUUAUUUUCACACACUGAAGGGAAGUGGAGCGUACACACAGCUGCUCCAAACACAGACGGCCAGACACACAUGCCACCUUGCACAAGCAAGGGAUACACAGGGAAUACACAAGCACACACACACACAAGCACACACACACACAGUACAUGCACACUCACAUACACACAAAAAUAAACAUGCAUGCACAUAUGCAAACACAUACACAUACACAUGCAAUACACACCCACCACAAAAUACACACACACACACACACACACACACACAUGCACAUGCAAGGCCCAGGUGGUGUGAGAACAAUCCUGCAGCAGCAUGCAACUCUAUUUAAAGUCUGUACCAUAGUACCACAUGCUCUACCCUGUCUACCCUGUCUGCCUGCUCUGUGUUCCAUCACAUCUGCCUGUCUUUCCCCUUGCUUUAGCAUGUUUGUCUCACUUUACAUAUGCCUGUCUAUCUGUCUACAUUCAUAAGGUUUCUGUAUCUUCUCACCCCUCACACACAGUUCAUGUGUCUCUCACUCCUUCAUCCCUCCAUCCCUUGCUCUCUUCUUCUCUCUCUCCCUGAGCCUCUGCUCUGACUGGAUCAGUAGGGGGUUGCUGUGGUAACCGGCCAUGGAGAGUGGGUGUGGGGGGAGGUGGGGCUAAUUUUAAAGACACACCAGGGUCUUCUUUGACACUGCACUAUAAAACAACUAGGAGAGAGAGAGGGAGAGAGAGAGGGAGAGAGAUGGAGUGGGAGGGAGGGACAUAGAGAGAGAGGGAGCAAGAGAGAGAUAGGGGGAGAGGAAUUAUAAAUGGCAGCACAUGUAUUCCGCAGUGCUAAAGACGUUAAUCGAACAGCCACUGGUAGCUGCCUAUUGCACGUAAAUGGAUGCUAACUAAGCUGCUUAGCAACAGCGGAAAUGAGGGUCUGCAUCUUCUAAGGAACUCUACAACCUAGUGUUCCAAAUGAAGUGCACACACUCAGUCCCAUUGAACACUUCACCAUCAGUCAAACCAAUAAUAUGGGCUAAAUAAUCAAUACACAGAAAGGGAGGAAGAAAGAGCAGGAGGGGCGGGGCAUUGCUUUAGGACAGCACUAGUAGUGCAUUUUAAACAUAGCUGAUGUCAUUUGGUUGACAUUUUUACUGAUGCCAGUGGUGCAUAUUGCAGCACUUAAACCAUGUUUAGGUGAGGAAGCAUUGAUAAAGUAUAAUAGCCUAUAUAAUGGUGUUUAGAUCUUCUGUGUGUGUGUGGAUAUAGUAGUACUGGGUAGAUUGAGGAGGAGUGGGAUUAGGCUCUCAGCACGUCUCCACAGGCAGAGCUGAGAGGGAGAGAGCUCAUCUCUUAUCUGUCUGCUGUUGAAAAAUGAAUGGAGAUGCUGGCUGAAUAGGAGACAGGAGGGUUACGCUCAGCCAGCAACAUGAUGGAUAUUCAUGCAGGGAUCCACAUGUUCAUUAUCCACAGCAAUGACUGAGACUAUCUCUCCUCUCCUACCUUUCUUCUUUGCACACUGCAGCAGCUGAAGGAUUCGUGCACACACAUGCACUCACGGGCACACACGCAAGCUCACACUUAUUCACACACAAACGCACACACAUAGAGUGACUACUACACACAUCUGAUCAAACUUGUCCUUGGUGUGAGAGCUGCUUUUGUCUCCAUUGAUUUGCUGUGGUUGAGCAGAGGUACAUAUAAAGUACAGCCUUUAUUGGCUCAAGACAAAUGAUGUCACUCUAACUCACACAUGACAAAAGCCAAAGCCAACAUGCAAACACGUUGGCUUUGGCUUUCAAUUAAUGAUAAUAGACGAGUAACAUGUCUAAUUAAUCAUGUACUGUCAAUAUCACAGUACUUACAAUGAUUCUUUGUUCUACUCUGUGUCACAUCUGACUAGGGUUGCAAAAUUCUGGGAUCUUUCAAUAAAUUCCCUGGUUGGAAUAUUCCCAGAAUCAGGAGGAAAUACUGUAAGUAGGAAAUCCAAAAUCCUCCAACCAGGAUUAUUGCAAAACCAGGACAUUUAUUGAAAGAUCCCAUAAUUUUGCAACCCUAGCUACAUUUUACACUCCUCUUAACACAUAACUGAAAUCGUGUCUUCCCCACCCCUCUCUCUUUCUCUCUCUCCAGGAUACUGCUGACAGUAGUAGUGAUCUUCCGUAUUUUGAUAGUAGGUAUAGUGGGUGAAAAGGUCUAUGAGGACGAGCAGAUAAUGUUCAUCUGCAACACUAUGCAGCCGGGCUGCAACCAGGCCUGCUACGACAAGGCCUUCCCUAUAUCCCACAUCCGCUUCUGGGUCUUCCAGAUCAUCUUAGUGUGCACGCCCAGCCUGUGCUUUAUCACCUACUCUGUGCACCAGUCCGCCAAGCAGCGUGACCGCAGUUACUCCAUGCUGCACCCCUACAUAGACCAUGGUCAUGCAAGUCACCACAGUCGCGGAGGCGACCACCAUGCCCGCAAGCUGCGCAACAUCAACGGUAUCCUGGUGCAGAACCCUGACAGCGGCAAGGAGGAGCAGGACCUGGAGGUCAAGGAGAUCCCAAAUGUACCCCGGGGGCUCACGCAGGCCAAGAGCGCCAAGGUGCGGCGGCAGGAGGGAAUCUCCCGCUUCUACGUCAUCCAGGUGGUGUUCCGUAAUGUGCUGGAGAUCGGCUUCCUGGCAGGCCAGUACUUCCUCUAUGGCUUCAAUGUGCCAGGGAUGUUUGAGUGUGACCGCUACCCCUGCGUGAAGGAGGUGGAGUGCUACGUGUCACGCCCCACAGAGAAGACAGUGUUCCUGAUCUUCAUGUUUGCGGUGAGCGGCAUCUGUGUGCUGCUCAACCUGGCUGAGCUCAACCACCUGGGCUGGAGGAAGAUCAAGACGGCCGUCAGGGGUGUUCAGGCCCGCAGAAAGUCCAUCUGUGAGGUGCGUAAGAAGGACGUGUCGCAUGUGUCCCAGGCCCCCAACCUGGGCAGGACCCAGUCCAGUGAGUCAGCCUACGUCUGA